AUGUGCCUCAAUUCAUGCAAGUGGUUGUGGAGAUCCUGUGCGAGUGCUUCCUUUUCGACUUUGGAAAGUCUGGGCCAUGCGCUCAAGAGUGUUUCACCGGGGAUAAAGUCAAUGACCAUAUACAUUCGACCACGUUCAUCUACAUGGGUGCCAUACAUUUUUGGAAUCGGGAUCGAGGUGUGUUCGGCAACGAACGUCAUUGUCUCGCUCUCUGUCUGCAAGGAGUGCACAUCCCCCCCCAUUUUGACGAUUAUCUGCUCGUCCACACAUACAAUCUCAGACCUUGCACACGUGAUGCUUUGCAAGACUCGUACUUGCUUGCAGUGCGCUAAGUGUGGAGCAAACUUUUGCAAGGCCAUUCUAACGUUGGCAUUCAUGGGUACCAUUUCCACUUUUGCCUCGCUAUCAUUUUGGAUAACAGAAUCAGAUGAAGUUGUCAUCUUGAAGAGGAUCGGAGCAAUAGAGCCAGAAAGACGUACCCUUCAGACGUACACUUUCUCUUUCUCUGAUUGUGCGGCUGGUCUUAGUACGAUGGGUGCGCCGUCAGGGCAAGGGGUCAUUUGUUCUUGA